UGUUUGCUAAUGACUUACUAAUGAACUGUAUUAAAAGUGUUACCCGCUUUUGAGCAUUUCUAUGGAUUAGCCUUCCAUAAAACUACAACUAAUUAGUGUUGUGUGUUUCUGUUGCGUUUUUCCUCGACUAAGUGCCUUGAGCUGUAUUUCGCUGCUCGGCUCUGCUGCAGAGUCCGACUGCGCAACUGCAGCGCGACAGCUCGAGCCGCACCGACAGCACAGAUCAGACAAAAUGCCUAUGGAUAAUUUCAUAUUCGCGCAAUGCAUCCUUUAUUUUUUAGCCUUCGUCUUUGGCUUCAUAGCUAUAGUACCUCUGUCGGAGAACACGGAGGAUUUUCACGGGAAAUGUCUGCUUUUCACGCGGGGGAUGUGGCAGAAUGAGAACAUCACGGUGUCUAAGCAGCGCUUCAUCAUUGAGGAAUGGGGACCACAGUCAUCCUGCAGCUUCAUCACCGCCGUCGGCAUCGCGUCGCUCAUCCUGUCCGCCGUACAAGCCUGGAGGCUGCUGUUCUUCAUCUGCAAAGGCCACGAUGACUCGAUCUUCAAUGCCUUCCUAAACCUGCUCAUCAGCACGUUCGUAGUGUUUGCAGUGUUCCUGUCCAGCACAAUAAUCAGUGUGGGUUUCAAUCUAUGGUGUGAUGCUAUAACAGAAGGAGGCAGUAUGCCUAGCAGCUGUGAGGAUCUCCAGGACACUGAUCUUGAAUUAGGGCUGGACAACUCUGCUUUUUAUGACCAGUUUGCCAUAGCACAGUUUGGGCUGUGGGCGGCCUGGCUGACUUGGCUCGGUAUCACCGUCAUGGCCUUUCUGAAGGUUUAUCACAACUACCGUCAAGAGGAUCUGGUCGACAGCUUGAUCCACGAGAAAGAGUUCCUACUCGGACGCUCGUCACGCCGGCGCUCUGAUGUGGUAGAUGAGAAAAGUGGCAUGAUAUGAUCAACUGUCAACGGAGAUGUACUGUCAAGUAAAAUGUGUUCAUAAGCUUCUAAAUUUGGCUCAUUAGUUGGUGUUUCUCAACUUAUGAUUGCAAACUGAAUCAAAUUGAAUUACAUUUUAUUUGACAUUCGACAAUGACUGAGAAUUGACGUUCACGUGCACUCAAUUAUUCGGACAGAGGUCACAGAUCAUUUACCCACAACAUUUUUUGAUGUUGAGCUUGAAACACAAGACCCUGGACAAAAUAAA